AUGAGCGAAGAGGAGUCUUACGAGUACGAGGCCGAGUCCCUACCAACCGAGCCGGAAAAUCCAUUAGGGUUAUACGAGGGUGAGCGCAACAAGGCAGGUCAGCGCCACGGUUACGGCAAAGCUGUGCUGCCUAACGGCGACACGUAUGCGGGCAAGUAUUGCGAGGGUACGCGACACGGUCGAGGUGUUUACGUUUUCAAAGCUGGACCACGUUACGACGGUGACUGGCGACGCAAUGUCAAACACGGCAGUGGUACUUUUUUGUAUCCCGAUGGCUCUCGGUACGAAGGCGAGUGGAAAAGGGACGAGAGGCACGGUUUUGGGGCCUACCAUUAUCGCAACGGUGACGUGUACGAGGGAAACUGGAAAAGUGGUUUACGCCACGGCCUCGGUACUUACACGUACGCGAGCUCGGGAAGCAAGUUUUACGGUACUUGGAUCCUCGAUCGCAUGCAGGGAGCCGGACAGAUGAUUCAUAACCGGCAUCGAUUCCAUGGAUUUUGGGACGUUAAUUUGCCGGUAGGACGAGGUUGCUUCGUAUUCGGCAAUUCUAGCCUACAGCACGGUUACUAUGCACUUGUUUCUAAAGUGGAUGAUAACGCUUUGGAGACAGAUGAAAGUUUGAGGGAAGAGGCUGCGGAGGAAUACGAGGCCGAAGACGCGAGAAUAGCAGAGAGCUUGGAAGGAAGACCAGCGCCCCUGAGAAGGGGAUACGCUUCGGUGUGGCGCGCACGCUGCGUCACCGCUUACGCCCCGGAGCUGUUACCGCCCGAUCCGAUGCCGCUUCAGGAAGAGGUGUCCGAGGAGUCACUCAGCGACGUGUGCGAGUACGAUGAGCCGGACGAUCGUGCGGAGGAGUAUCUAAAAAAGGAUGACGUUUUGUUCGAUGACGAAGGAGAGGAAGGGGGAGGCAGUAGUGGGGACUACGAUGACAACUAUCUCUGA